UUCACUGCCUCUAUUGGUGAUCUCACUUCAUCUUCUCAACGUCAGCAACUCAUUGACACUGUUUCUUCCAUCUUCAAUGGAACCCUUAACAUCCUUGUCAACAACGCAGGGACUGUAAUAUUGAAAGAAGCAAUAGAGUACACAACUGAGGACUACAAUUACAUGAUGAGCACAAAUUUUGAGGCCCUUUAUCAUCUUUCCCAAAUUUCUCAUCCAAUUUUGAAGGCUUCUAGCUAUGUAAGUAUCGUGUUUGUGUCGUCCAUUGCAGGAGUUACUGCUUUACCAAAAAUUUCAAUCUAUGCAGCAACUAAAGGGGCAAUUAAACAAAUAACAAAGAACUUGGUGUGUGAAUGGGCAAAGGAUAAUAUUCGUAUCAACACGGUGGCAUCGUGGAGGGUUAGGACAAUAAUAUCUAAACAGGAUGCGACGAUUUUGGAGGAAUAUGAGCGGUUGAUUGAGCGGACACCGACGAGGCGAAUUGGUGAGCCAGAGGAGAUAUCGUCGAUGGUGGCAUUUUUAUGUCUUCCAAUGGCUUCAUAUAUCGAUGGGCAGAUCAUUUGUGUGGACGGUGGCUUCACUGCCGAUGGGUGGUAA